AUGGAAGAAUUCACGCCAUCAGGGUUGCAGAAGAAAUUAAGGAACCGGUUGAACAGCCGCAGAAGUUUUAUACAGCGCAGAGUGGAAACCAUCGAACGAGACCCACGAAUGAGACGUACAGAACAAGUGGAAAGAUGGCUGACAAGUGUAGAAAGAUUUGUGAAUGAAAUAAAUGGAGUUAUUGAACAAGGCCAUCAACAACUCCAAGAUACAUGUCUCGGAAGUUUCUGUCCCAAGAACCUGCCAUCUACCUACAAGAUUGGAAAGCGAAUAGUUAACAGGUUGGGAUCUGCAAGAGACUUGAGGCAUAUGAGUGAAAGCUUCUUUUCGAUAUCGGACUUCACCAUUGUAGAGAGAUUGCCAGGUUUGCGGCUUUUGAUGCCUGAGUUGCUUGUGGAAAACACUGUUGGCCUAGACUCCGCAGUGGAAAGGGUAUGGAGAUGCAAUAAGGAUGAAAAUACUCAAGUUAUAAGGUUAUGUGGAAUCGGGGGUGUCGGAAAAUCGACCCUCUCGAAGAAACUUAGCAAUGAAUUCCACAUACGAAACCAUGAUUUCGACGUUGUCAUUUGGGCUGAGGUGUCGAGACAAGAAGAAGGAUUAUAUAGAGAAACUUCAAGAGACGAUAUCAGGGAGCGGUUCGACCUCCUAAGACUGGGCAUCCACCUGCAGAUGGGAAAUCAGAAUUCAUCCAAAGUAAUAUACACAACCCGUUCAAUGGAGUUAUGCAACGCCGUGGAAGCUCUGGAGACAAUUGAAGUAAAAUGUUUGCCACCGCAACAAGCCUUGAUAUUAUUCAGGAUGAUGGUAGGUGAAAAUAUCCUGAAUAAUGAUCCAGAGCUUUCAGAAUUAGCCGAAAUUAUUGCCUUAACGGGUGGAGGGUUGCCACUUGCUUUCCUCACCGUCGGUCGGGCCAUGGCUAGUCGGAGAAAUCCUCGUGAGUGGCACCUCGCAGUUGAGCUGAUACAUAGCAACCCAUCCGAGAUUGAUGGUUUUGGGGAUCGUGUUUUUCCUCUACUCAAGUUUAGCUACGAUGGCUUGAACAAUGCCACUGCUCAAAAGUGUUUUCGAUAUUGUUACAUAUUUCCAAAGGAUUAUAACGUCAGAAUUGAUGAACUUAUUGGCCUCUGGAUAGGAGAAGGCUUUUUCGAUGGAUCCAAUCCACGCGAUCAGGCAGAAUUUAUAGUCGGGACUUUAAAGCUUGCAUAUUUGCUGGAAAGCGAUGAAUAUAAACAAUUUGUUGGUAUGCACGACGUAGUCCAUGACAUGGCCUUGUGGUUAGUCCGAGAUCAAGGAAAAAGAAAGAAGAAGGUUUUGGUAACAAAAGGUGUAACGAUUACAUAUGAGGAACACAAGAAAUGGGAAGAGGCGAAUUGGAUCUCCUUAUAUGGUAAUCAAGGCUUAGUUGAGUUACCUUUGGAUAUUGGAAAUGUGAAAACGUUGCAGUAUCUUAAUUUGUCAUUAACAAGCAAAGUAGAGUUGCCUGCCAGCCUAACAAAUUUAAGAAGCCUCAGGUGUUUGCUACUAGAUUAUACUACUAAUCUUAAAAGGGUUCCAAAGGAGGCGUUGGAGUGCUUGAAUCGCAUAAAUAAACUUGGUAUAACCAUAUUUGCUGCCCCUUUUGUGGACAACAUUAUCAAAUCCUGCACUUUAAGGAGUUGCAUUAGAAAAUUAACAUUCAUGGAGUGUAACGGUUUGAUUUCACUACGUUUUACACAAGAAUUGGGUAAUCUGGAGAGGCUUGAAAUAUUUCGUUGUUGUUCACUCAAGGAGUUCAAAAUAUCAGAAUGGUGUAAACUUGGCAACCUUCGUCAGGAUUACAUCGGAGUUUGCCCACUCUUGUUAAACCUCGACUUCCUCGCUUAUGCUAGAAACCUUGAGACUCUCACCAUUCUUGACUGUGAGUCACUGGAGAGCGUUACCAGCGAGAUAAUAGCAUUCCCUGGGCUGAAAACUAUCUCUUUGACUUGUCUGAGAAAUCUGGAAAGCAUCUGUCCAUUACCCAGGUGCUUUCCUUCUCUGUCAGAGAUUGAAGUAUCUCAGUGCUCGUUGCUGAGACAGCUUCCAUUUGAUUUGGAAACUGCAAAAUUCUUACAAAAAAUUAGAGGAGAGACAAUGGUGGGAUGGAACGACAUUAUUUUCGGAGGUAAAACUUGGGACAGGGCUCAAACCUACGAGUUGGUAAAGCUGAGGGUAGCCACAUGGGCAAAGGCCAAAUGGCCAAGAGACUAUAACAGAACUCUUGAUACCUUUAUUGAGCCAAGGUUAGGGGCGGUUCUUAAAUGUGUCAAAAAGACGAGACCUAAGGUCGAAUGGACGAAUCCUGUUGAUGGUUCUAUGAAGUUUAACGUGGAUGGGGCAGCUAGUGGAUGCCCAGGAGAAGCUGGAAUUGGUGGGAUCCUUAGGAACUCUGCAGGUGAAACCAAAAUGAUGUUUUCCAAGUCAAUAGGGAUGGGAGAUUCUAACCUAGCAGAAGUGCUGGCUAUCAAACAGGCCUUCAUGAUGUUUUUCGAAUCAAAUUGGAACGGUUCUCAUUCUCUGGUCAUAGAGAGUGACUCCUCAAAUGCGGUGAGUUGGAUUCAAGCACCUAAUCAAGCUCUUUGGAGGAUGAGAAAGUGGAUACUCCAAAUUGAAAUGCUGAAAAGAAAAGUGAAAAGGUGGGAAAUCAAAUACGUAAAAAGGGAGGCAAACCAGCAAGCAGAUACCCUUGCAAAAUCGGGAAUAGGAAGAGAUAUUGAUCUAGCCAAUGUUUGGACUGAGGUCCAGAAUGGUGAUUUUGUGGUGAAUGGCAAGUAUUUGCGUAUCUAG